AUGGGUCAAAGCGAAGGCCUGACUGGACCAUGCCCACCCAAGUCGGCAGCUUUCGAGCUCACAGAGCGCGCAGACUUGGAUCCUCUGUUAUUGGAACCUUAUGUAUUGGGACCUGUGCCACCGCGUCAUCGCAAACGAAAUGGAAACGCCGCCGUUAGUGUCUUGCGAGAGACAUGGACGGAAACUCUUGAAGACAUUCGCAACAUUCAUUGGGCACGAGCAAGCCUUUGGUUUCUAGCGUUCUGCUGGGUCGCAGGCCUGAUCACCUGCUUGGUCAUUGUACCUUUGCUCUGGUCCGGCUAUUACAUGAGCUCCGCAUGUCUGCCUGACGGAACUUUUUCUCUUUUUGAGUCCUACAAUGUUUGGGAUAUCAACGGAUUCUUUCAAAUCACGUCGGGUUUUGGCGAACUCACCUUUACAGAAGCCAAAGUCGUUGACGUGGUGUGGGACGUUGUAAUUGGCCGAAUCGGUCAGACGUUACUAGUUGUGUUCUCAUGGAGAGCGUUCUCGCUUCACAUCAAAGCAUCUACCGAAGAAGGACCCGACACUCGAAAUGUUUCUUACCAUACGUACUGGACGAUAUACAUGCAAGACGACAUCUCAUUAAUGGCAGUAAUGGGAGUGAUCAGAGAUUUCAUUGCAAGGAGAAGGCUCAAGUCAGUAGCGGCAAUGGUUUUCAUGGCCGUCACUAUGCUCUUUUGUUUAGCUUGGCCGACCAUUGCCAGUGCUAUGACUGGGUAUGAUAGCAACAACAUCGCCUUCAUUAAGAUUAGAGACGGAUCACUCAUUCCAUUCUCUGCUUUCAUUCCAUUGCUUUAUGUGAUACACGAUGGAAGCAGAAUUGAUGGUCUUACGGAUGAGUACAAUAUUCCAUGUUGCAGGACCACGGGUGAAGAUGACAUCUUCUUGAUGGGUAGCAAUGCCUCGCUUUAUGCUGAAACUUACGGUUUUCUCGGCAUAAACAAUACCGAUUCAAUCUGGCCUCAAAACAAUACGACUCUCCCCAGCCCUGCAUUGAACAUCUCGGCCUUUCCCUCGUACAGGUUCGAUUCGUAUGGUUCGGAGUGGAUCAACCCACAAACGGGCGAGCAACCGUUCAUGGAUGAAAGGAAGAUAACAUACCUCUAUAACAAUGAGGCGUAUGAUUUCAACUAUAUUAUAACGGAACAGAAUGGCCAAUGCCAGCCGAUCGGAUCAUAUAAAUGGGGAUUCUCCUUCCUACAAGCAAUGGUUGCCAUGUUGAUUCUGUGGGUCUGGACGCUGUCAAUCUACAUUAUGUGGUUAAGAGCGCAUAUGAAGCUAUCGAGCCGCGGGCCAUACGAAGUCCCGAACCGGUACAAGGCGGCAGUACGACUAAGCAGGUCAAUCGCUGUCGAUUUCGGAGAUGUGGACAGGGCCACUGAUAUGUCGAACAAAGAAUUUUCUGCAUAUGUUAGCCGAAAUUUAAAAGGCGGAAGGGUGGGGGCAGAUCCAGCUAUGGCGUUGGGAAAGUUCAACUUCCGAAGCUGUCUGAAGGGCUGGAUCAGAAGGGAGAAGUGGUGGUUUUCCGCCUUGAUUCUGUGCACUAUAUUCUGCUGCACUGGGUGGCAGCUUCCUUACUCAUUAUUCAGUCUUCUUUGGCUAUCCGUGUGGUUAUGGCCAGUGAUUGCUUUUGCCUUGGCUGUUGGGACCACAAACAAGUCUCGAUUCUUCUUUUUGUUUGCUUGGCUGCUUCUUGGGAUUGCUUGGAUUAUCCCCCUGGCGGUGGAUCCAGAGCUUUCUGGAUACCUUUAUCUUUGA